AUGUUCGCGCGGAACGCGGUCGCCAGUGUGUGCAGUGCGAGUACAAUAGCUCGCUGUCCCGCAGGCUCGGCGCCGCGCUCGUGGUGCCUGGCGUGCGCGCUGCUGCUGCUGCUCGCGCUGGCCGGCCUCGGCGUGGUGGUGCCGCUCGCCGCCAGAAUGCGCCAGGAGCCGCGCGCCGCCGACCAGCUGGCCGCCGUGCGGCGCAUGCUCGCCGCGGUGCCGCUCGUCGACGGCCACAACGACCUGGCGUGGAACCUGCGCAAGUUCGUGCACAACCAGCUGCACAGGUUCAACUUCUCGGCGGACCUGCGCGCCGUGGGGCCCUGGUCGCGCAGCCCCUGGUCGCAGACGGACCUGCCGAGGCUGCGGGCCGGCAUGGUGGGCGCGCAGUUCUGGUCGGCGUACGUCCCGUGCGAGUCCCAGUACAAGGACGCGGUGCAGCUGACCUUGGAGCAGAUCAACGUCAUCCGGAGGCUGACGGACUCGUACGGCGCCCAGCUCAGCUUCGCCACGUCGUCCGAAGACGUGUGGCGGGCGCACCGCUCCGGCCGCCUGGCCAGCCUGGUCGGCGUGGAGGGCGGCCACUCGCUGGGCGCCAGCCUGGGCGUUCUGCGCGCCAUGUACGACCUGGGCGUGCGCUACCUCACGCUCACGCACUCCUGCCACACCCCUUGGGCAGACUCGUCAUCAGAGUCUUUGCUCGACUCCAGUACAGGUGGCCAAGGGCUCACCGACUUCGGUAAAGUGGUGGUGAUGGAGAUGAACCGGCUCGGCAUGUUGGUGGACCUGUCGCACGCGGCCCCCGCCACCGUCAUGGCGGCGCUCAACGCCACGCGCAGCCCAGUCAUCUUCUCGCACUCGUGCGCGCAGGCGCUGUGCAACGCGUCGCGCAACGUGCCCGACGCCGUCCUCAGACUGCUGGCGCAGAACGGCGGCCUGGUGAUGGUCAGCUUCUACGCAGACUUCCUGACGUGCUCCUCCACGGCGCGGCUGGAGGAUGUCAUGCGUCACGUGACCUACAUUAGGGAUGUGGCGGGCGAGGACCACGUCGGAAUAGGUGCCGGAUACGAUGGCAUAAACAGGACGCCGCAGGGGCUGGAGGACGUGUCGCGCUACCCGCACCUCCUGGCGGAGCUGGCGAGAACCAGGGGCUGGACCAUGCCGCAGCUCGAGAAGCUGGCCGGCAGGAACCUGCUGCGGGUGCUCGGGAAGGCCGAGAAGGUGAAGGAGGAGCUGCGGCGGCUGUCCGUGGACCCGCGCGAGGACUGGAUCCCGCCGGCGGUCCUGGGCGACCGCAACCAGGCCGGCUGCCUGGGCCGAUGA